CGAAAAACUGAUUUUCAACAUGAUGUGAGUGAUCAGAGAGAAACUGAGCAUUUUAUUAACCAUUGCGUACUGUACGUGAUUUAUGACAGCUGACCUGACGUCAUGGCUCGGGAUGUAUAUUUGGACGGAAACUGCGAGAGCAGCGGACGGAGACCACCAUUCCUCCCUGCUGUUGUUGUUUUUUCCGGCUGUCGGCCGUCGUGCUGAUAUAAUGGCUUCCGACGGUAUGGAUGAACGAUCCCCGCUGCUGUCAGCGCCGAACUCGGGGAAUGUCACGCCCACAGUUCCGCCGUACCUGCAGGACUCAAGCCCGAGAGCUGAAUUACCUCCACCCUACACGGCCAUCGCCAGUCCAGAUGCUGGAGGAGUUCCUGUCAUUAACUGUCGAGUCUGCCAGGCUCUUAUAAAUCUAGAUGGGAAGCUCCAUCAGCACGUGGUGAAGUGCACCGUCUGCAAUGAGGCAACGCCUAUUAAAAAUCCACCUACAGGAAAGAAGUAUGUUAGAUGUCCUUGCAACUGCUUGCUAAUCUGUAAAGACACCUCUAGGAGGAUAGGAUGCCCCCGACCCAACUGCAGACGCAUCAUCAACCUGAGUCCUGUGAUGGUGAUUCCAGAAGAGCAGCCGGCUCAACCAGCUUUACCUGUCCAGCCUGAGGGCAUGCGUGUGGUCUGUGGCCACUGCGGAAACACAUUCCUGGGCAGUGAUGAUGACUCGAUUCAGCCUGCCUCAGGUCUGGCUAAUGGUGGCGUCUCUGCUGUCGUCAAGUGGAUGGAGCUCCGAUUUAAUACAUUGGCCAAGUGCCCACACUGCAAAAAAAUAUCUUCUGUAGGAAGUGCCCUACCCAGAAGGCGCUGCUGUGCCUACAUUACAGUAGGAAUGAUCUGCAUUUUCAUCGGUAUAGGUUUAACAGUGGGCACUCAGGACUUCGCUAGGCGCUAUCAUGCUACUUACGUGUCCUGGGCCUUUGCAUAUCUACUGGGUCUUAUCGCUCUGGUGCGGGCCUGCUACUGGGGAGCUAUUAAAGUCAGUUAUCCAGAGAACACCUUUGCAUAGACAAAACCUCAUCCAUCCUUUAAACAGUCCUUAUAGUAUUUAAUUUAUCCUGAUUUUACCAGGUUAACAUAGUAACAUGUUCACUCCUGUUACAAAAGCUGGAACUUCAGGAUCCAGAGGGUACCGGCUAACCUCUCUCUUUCAGAUUGAGAUUGAGAUUGAGAUGGGAUAUUUUUUGAAAUAAUUUAAAGGGUUAGUUCACUGAAAAAUGAAAACUUGCUGUAAUUUUUUAUCGUUAUGUAGGUGACAUAUAUGGAUCUAGGUAUUUCACAAAAUACAAGUCCACAGGUUACAUGUCUUUAAAAGUCAAAAAAGCAUGAAAAGCAAAAAAGAUAUCUGCAGCUCCUGCCAAUAUAUUGCGGUUUUACACUGCAAAAAAUUUAUUUUCAAGAAAAAAUUCUUAGUGUUUUUGUCUUGUUUUCAGUAAAAAUAUCUAUAAAUUCUUAAAUUAAGAUGUUUUUUCUUGAUGAGCAAAACGACCCAAGAAAAUAAGUCUAGUUUUAAGACAAAAAAUAUCAGCUUUUAAGUGAUUUUGUGAAUAAAACAAGCAAAAUAUUCUGACAAUGGGGUAAGCAAAAAAAUCUAGAAAUCUAAAAAUUUAAAAUCUAACACAAUUUUUUGAAAAAUUUGCUUACCCCAUUGGCAGAUUUUUUUGCUUUUUUUUUCAAGAAAAAGCAUCUUAAUUAAAGACUUUUUUGAUAUUUUUAUUAAAAACAAGACAAAAAUAUAAAGAAAAUAUUUUCUUGAAAAUCAUUUUUUGCCGUGUACCCUGCAAAAAAAAUAUUUAUUACCUAGUAUUUUUGUCUUGUUUUCAGUACAAAUAUCUAAAAAAAUCUUAAAUCAAGAUGUAUUUUCUUGAUAAACAAAAUGACCUAGGAAAAUAAGUCUAGUUUUUGACAAAACAUUUAUGUGAAUCUUGAAACUUCUUGGAACUUUUUUUUAAACACUUAAUUCAUGGAAAAUUUUCUUACAUUAUUGGCCUUUUUUUGCUUGUUUUGAGCAAAAAUUCACUUACAUUGUAUAUUUUUUUGUCAAAAAACUACACUUAUUUUCCUAGAUCAUUUUGCUCAAUUAAAUAAUUAAUUUAAGAAUUUUUUGAUAUUUGUACUGAAAACAAGACAAAAAUACGUUAAGUAAGAAAGUUUUUUUUUUUUUUGCAGUGUAUGAAGCUAAACUAUUGAUCUGUGCAAAAAAAAAGUUAUUUACAAAAUUACUGCCGGUAAACUUUUAUUACUCUAUGAACUAAUCCUUCAAACUCGCAAGAUGAUUAGAGAUAUUAAAGUGAUUCUGAAGUUUUAUAAAUGAUGUGAAUAAUCCAGACUUGAUAUUCCCGGUUGACAUCAUACUCCUUUCAAGUACUGCAUUUUGUUAACAAGUUGACCAAAACCGUUGAUCGAACAAUUUGCCCAUUGCACUAUGAUUUUAUGCAAUUAUUCUGUUUUGUUGCUGCUAGUUGUUAAAGCUGUAUUGAGAUUUUAAGAAACCUGCCAGCACCUACCGUCUGUCGUUUGCAAUGUUCAGACAUAUAUUUAACUCUUCAUGCAACCCUGUGCCAACAUAUUCCGUCUGGGAAUUCCCUUUGAUGAAAUUCAGCAGUGUUUUUAAAUCCCAUGGCUUCUCAAACUCACUGUGAGCAAUAAUCAUACAGUUUUGUGGCUUUGAAAACAAACAAGCAUGGAUACUGUACCUCUUAGUUGCACUCAUUGAUCGGUAAUAAUGACGGAUUUGCUGUAUGGGAAAUUUUAUGUGCAUGAUUUUAAUUUGAUUCUUUUGUACGGUGUUUUAUUAGUCUGUUACAGAAGGACACAGUAAACGUGUCACAUCGUGUGUCUACAGCUCCUUCCUUUGUGUCGAAUGUAAAUGCCCUAAUGCUAACUGCCUAACUCAAAAACUCUGCCUAAUUAAAAACCUUGCUAUUAUUGCUGUAGCUUACAGUACAUUUACAGUAGUUCUGUAUUUUGUCAAUACGAUGGAGAUAACUGUACUAUUUAAACUGGUUCUGAAUGUGACUCGGCACACAAUGUCUGUAGUUGGAAUAUGGCUUGGGUCUUUUUAAACAAUAAUUUCUCAAUAAAAUGAAAAAAAGUCCUGCUU